CACAUAGGCUACCCCCCCACACACGCACGCACACACACAUAACCCCUUGAGCGUACAUUUAGCGGUCCAUGACGUAUGGGCUCUGUGAGUCCUUGCCAGCAGGUCCGGCGCUCCCUGGAUGGGAAUCUGAGCUAGAUCGACAGAGACGCACUCAAGGAAGUGGCCUCCCCUCUCCUCUCCUCUCCUCUGUCCUCUCGCCACAGAUGUGUUUACGCAGCGUGCCGUUCGGGAGGGGUGGUGAAGCUACAAGAAGUUCAGGCGUUGUGUGAAGUCGCGUCGAAAGCGCACGGCAGCGGUGUGUGUGUGUGUGUGUGUGUGUGUGUGUGUGUGUGUGUGUGUGUGUGUGUGUGUGUGUUCAGUAUUAGGACUAACAUGAGUGAGCCGGCAGAGAAACCGAUGCCCCAGUCGUCUCAGUCGUCGAGCCAGCUGAUGACGGACAGCUCCCAGCAGCCCCUCACCACCAAUCAAACAGCUGCAGAUGGCUCUAGGGCCCGCCCCCAACCGGCCCAGCGGCUCUGUGGUUGGCUAGAGAAGAGAGGCGGGCCUCUGAAGCUCUGGAAGACUCGUUGGUUCUCACAUGACGUCGGGCGGACGCUGCUAAUGUACUGGCGCACGCGGCAGGAUGCCACGCCCCUGGGGCAGAUAGAGCUCGCCAGCGCCACCUUCAGCUACCCACUGGAAGCGCAGGAUGAGCCAGGGACCUUCUACAUAAACACACCGCAACGCAUCGUCAUGCUUAAGGCAGCUAGUCACGAGUUGAUGAUGUACUGGUUGCAGCAGCUACAGCUCAUACGAUUGCAAUACAGGAUGCAGACAGGAGAUACAAACUCCAAUCUUGACACACACACUUCAGUGGAGUUUCUUCCCCAGGUUAAAAUGCCAUCGGAGUUUGUAGGUGAAGACGCACCCAACCGGCCUUCUCCCGGACUAACCAGCCCACUAAACUUUUCAAUGAAGCAUCCCAUUAUAGAAAUUCGGAAUCUGUGUUUAAAGAAGACUGUGCCUAACCUGGAUCAGGCCCCUGUCUCACUUCUACCCAACCUGGACACACCCACUCAAGGCACAGCCAAUCAGGAGUCAGCCUCUCAGGACACACCCAGUCCCGACACAACCACUCAGGAAACAACCUCUCAGGACACACCCAGUCAGGACACCACCAAUCAGAAAUCAGCCGGUUGGGACACUCCCACUCAAGGCGCAGCCAGUCAGGAAACAGCCACUGAGGACACAUCCAGUCUCGACACAACCAAUCAAGAAACAACUUCCUUGGAUACGUCAACUCACAACACAGCCAAUCAGGAAACAGCCACUCAAGACACAUCCAGUCUCGACACAACCAAUCAGGAAACAACUUCCUUGGAUACAUCAACUCACAACACAGCCAAUCAGGAAGCAGCCUCCCUUGAAACACUCUCAGAGGACACAGCCAAUCAGGAGACAGCCUCUCCGUUCACACCCACUACGGCUACAGCCAAUCAAAGAACAACUUCCUUGACCAUACCUGCUGAGAUAAGGAGGCGCCCCUUUUCCUCCCCAAAGUGCCACUCUGCCACUCUGCCAACUGGGCAUCACAGAAAGCACCAAAGCCUCUGCUUAGACCUGGAGGUGUCCACACAGAAAAAGGAGCUCAAGGAGCAGAAGGACCUGGUGGCGUCUCUCUACCAGGCACUGGAGGCGUCUCAGAGAGAGAAGCGGGCGUGUGCAGACUUCGUGUCCGUCUCUGGCGAGGACCAGCGUCUGGAGAUGCUCCGUCACCGCGAGCGACAGGUUGCCCAGCUACAGGCCCAGGUGGACCACCUGCAGCAGCAGCUACGUGAGCGAGACACACAGGUGUGUGAACUUAAGGAAGCCCUUCAGCUGAUGCUGGAGAAGAACCAAGCCAAGCAGGAGGUGGUGCUGAAGCUCUCUCAACAACUGGCGGACUGCACAAGCGACACAGACACAGACACACUCACAGGCGACGCACACAAUGCAACCGGACCUGAGGAGAAGGAGGCACACCUGAGGCAGGAGAACCGACACCUGAUGGAUGACCUUGAGGCGUAUCGUACCCAGAAUAAGUUCCUGAAUUCUGAGAUCCAUUAUCUGACGCAGCUUUGGAGGCAGAGUUCCCAACAGGAGAAGAGCCUCAUGAGCAAGUGUGCAUUGUUAGAGGCCUCCAGCUGUGAGAAAGAGAAACAUUACCUGAGUGUGUUAAAGCAGCUGAGGGAAAGCACAGCUGAAACACACACACAGGUGCACACACACCAACUCCGUGCUUUGAUAGAUGACGCAUUGCAGGGAGCACUGAGCCCUACCAGCCCUACCAGUGAGUUUGAUGCGUAUGGCUUUAAGCUGGUGCCGGACAUCUCGCCUUCUGACAUGCAACUCAUGAGCAAGUUGAACGUGCUCGAGAUGCGCAGCCGGAGCCUGCAGACGGAAGAAGAGCGCCCCCUGGUGGCCCGCUGGGAGCAGCUCUUGUCCGGCUCCAGCGCCUCCCACUGCCCGCCCAACCCAGCCCACCUGCUCUGCCCCUCGCUGGAGCUCAAGGUCCUGCUCAGGGGCGGCGUUCCGCAGAAGUACCGCCGGCGAGUGUGGAGCUGGCUGGUGUCGGUGCGCACGCGGGACUUGAGAGAGCGCCAGCCUGACCAUUACCAGCUCCUGAAGCAGCGCAGCCACCGCGUGCCCAGGGCCGCUGCUCACCAGAUCCAACUGGACCUGCACCGCACCCUCACGGCCAACGAGAGGUUCAGCUCCCCGGGUCCCAUCCACCAACAGCUGAACAGAGUCCUGCUGGCCUUCGCAUGCCACAACCCCACUGUGGGCUACUGCCAAGGCCUGAACGGGUUAGCAGCUCUGGCACUGCUUGUUUUAGAGGACGAAGAGGAGGCGUUCUGGUGUCUUGUGGCCAUUUUGGAGGCGAUCAUGCCUCCAGACUACUACUGCAAGGGUCUCCAGGGCUGCCAGGUGGACCUGUGUGUGUUUAAGGAGCUGCUGGCUGAGAAGGUUCCCCGAGUGAGCGCUCAUCUGGAGGGCCACUCAGUGGACGUGGGCAGUGUCAGCCUCUCUUGGUUCCUCUCCAUCUUCCUGGAGGUGCUGCCCAGCGACAUUCUGUUACCUCUCUGGGACGCCUUCCUCUACGAGGGCAGCAAGGUCAUAUUCCGCUAUGCUCUGGCCCUGCUGAAGUAUACGGAGGACGAGAUUUUGAAGAUACAGAGCAGCACUGAGAUCUUCCAGUUCCUUUUCGUCUGCCCCAAAAUCAACAUCACUAAUACCAGGAAGUUGCGUAACAUGGCAUUCGGCGAGCUCAACCCAUUUCCCAUGAAGCACCUGCGCAGCAAGAGGGCGUGUCAUCGCCAGCGUCUGGAGGCGGAGCUUCAAGAGCGGGAGGCGGAGCCGAGGGAGCAAAGCUCCCAGCAUGCCGAGCGGCACGACAAAGCGCUGGACGACAUCGCCAGUGACGACGAUGAACUCAACUGACGUUGCACUGCUUCACUUGAAAGACACACACACGCACACUCAUACACACAUUUGCCCACUCAUACACACACACACACCCUCCUGAACCUCACUCAGUUCAAGCUCUCAAUCUUCACACUCCACAAAGCCUCACUCUGUCACAGGGGUUCUACACCAGAUGCAGAACUGUAGCAUCCUGUUCGCAUUGCACCUGCUCUCCUGAAACAAUUAGCUUCGGCUAUAAGCAAUAGAAGUACUGUAGCUACACCAGACGUGAUAGCGACACGUACAUUCGAGAAAGAAAAAAAAACAGACCAGUCUUUUAAAAUGGAUUUUAGGCGUCUUGAAUGGAAUGCUUCAGUUAGGCGCCUGGUGUGGCUUCCCUGUCAGGGUCACAGUGGGUCAGUCUUGGGCCUGCGAUGUACGUUUCAUUAAGCUGUCCUCUCUGUCUUGGGCUUAAGUUCUAAGAUUUAAGUGUUAAGCCCACAAGUCUUUGUUGUCACUGUUCUACAUAAUCAGUGAUACGCAUGCACCAAGGUAAGUAUUGCAGAUGGGGAGGGGGCUGGCUAUAGCACCCAUGCCAUCUCUAUAGCACGCUAUCCAUGUUCCCACAGACACCCGGGUUAAAGUCCAACCUGCGUAAUUUCCCGAUCCCACGCCAGCUCUUCUCUCCACUGGCUUCUGUAAUAAUCCACUUCUCACUCUCAUACUGUAGAUGACAACAACGCUUCUCAAAUAGCCGUGUAACUCCGGCUUAUUUAUUGUGCUCAUGCAUAACGUGCAUACAAUUCGACUGACCGUCUAACUUCCCGCUUUCGUGCCUGCUCUGUUUCUCUAUCCCAUAACUUCCUGUGUUCUUAAAGGUAUAUCCCCCUAUAUUGCUGAACAUCUCAGCUUCCUUUCAUUCACUUUUUACUUUAUUUUUUUAACCAGGGAAAAGAACACUUUGAGAUUGGUGUCUCUUCUUCAUGUGGGCCCUAGCCAAGAAGGCCUCUUCACAGGCAUGUUGGAUCGAAGACAUAAAAUAUCUCAAAUCCGGGGACCCAGGUUCGAAUCCGGCCUGCGGUCAUAUCCCGAUCCCACCCCAUCUCUCUCUCCCACUUGUUUCCUGUCUACCUCUACACUGUCCUAUCAUAAUACAGGCAAAAAGGCCAAAAAAUAUACUUUAAAAAAAAAAAAAUAUCUCAAAUCCACUAUUUCAGUCUAAUCUAAUAUCAGAUCAAUAAUAAAUCACUCUGAUACACCUAAUCUGUCUACAGGGUUGUACUACGCAUAUAAUCGGAUCCAGUUUCAUCUGAGCCUUCUCUUUAUUCUGCCUAAAAACUCGUGCUACUGUACAGUAUGUCAUCAUUACUCCCAUACAUGCAGCUUCAAAUGUGGCCACUAGGUGAAGACCGACUGGAGUUUACCUAUAAUGUCUUGGGCCAUCAGACAGCAAUCACACUGACAUAUGCACACACACACACACACACACACACACACACACACACACCUCUGGACCAUCAACCUUUGGCAAGUCACUGCAUGCUAAUACAUUUACUCACACUUCAUACAACACAGCAGAACAGUCAACACACACACGGGUGUGUGAAGAGUUGUGGACACAUACAUUAUGUGUGUGAGUGUGUAGCCUAUGCAUGAGCAUGUGGAAGACUGCAUGUGAACCCCAUUUUCACAAUAAAGGGGCUAAGAUUCUUAGCAUUAUAUGAGAAAUUACCAAAGCAGUUGUGUCUUC